AAGCGGGUCCUUCCUUGAGUUGUCGUGGCCUUUUCAGUAAAUCGUCAGCAGAAAAAUAGCCCUCUCUUUACAGUCGCUUCAUAGCCAGUGACCAUCAUUCUGCUCAGGUCUUAAUCUUGAAAGCUCCCCAAAAAAGCUCAGAACAACAUGCCUGGACCCGCAGCAAGCGCAUCUAGCGUAGGCGCCUCCGGUCGCUCCCCCAGUAAGACGGUGGCCCCGAGAGCAGCAGGAUCCACAGUCAGACAGAGGAAAGCGACUGGCAGCGGUACACGGUCUGCAGGCAGAGCUACAGCAUCAGCGGGUACAGGUGGCAUGUGGCGCUUCUACACCGAGGACUCGCCAGGACUCAAAGUUGGCCCUGUGCCAGUGCUUGUAAUGAGUCUGCUGUUCAUCGCCUCCGUCUUCAUGCUCCACAUAUGGGGAAAGUACACCCGCUCCUAAACCUCCUGACCUUUGAACUUUGACCUUCAAGUGAUUAUGAAUUAAGCCAUUGGACCUGGACCAAACUCUGACCCCAUACAGCAAACCUGGUUCACCUGGUAUUUUCAUUUCAGAAAAGUAAACAAGGUUUACUUCCCUGCUACAAGUUUUCAUUUGUUCUUCUUCUUUCUUUUUUUUUUUUAAUCUGGAAUAGGACAUGUACAUUUUUUGCUAACCUUUGUACAAACGCUUCUGUAAAAUUGUACAAUAAUAAUAAAAAAAAAAAAGACCACAAAAUA